AUGUUUUAAACGUAAGCAUCAUCUUAAAAGCAAAUUGAAGAAAUUAUUACUCAUAGUUAAUCAAAUCUCUCAAUAAUGCUAAAUAUCGAAUAAUUUAUGGAAUAUUUUAGAGAUAAUGAUUCGUUUGCAAUAGAAUUCAUAUCCAGAAAUGUAAAGUAAAUGUUUGAUAUUUUGUUUGUUGAUUACAAUAAAGUUUAAGCUGAUUAAUUGACUAUUUAUAGCGACUUAAUUACUAAAAUAUUCGAGAUCAUUGAUUAAAACUUAGAACCUAUAAUGAAAUAAAUAGAAGUGAUAUUCAGAUGUUAUUUUAGAUUUAUUGGGAAAUAAUUUUUGAUUUGAGAUGGAGAGCAGUAACACCAGAUACUUAAUGGGGAAUAGCUCAUAAAUUGUUUUUAUUGAUAAAGGAAAGAGAUAAAAGAUUUGUUAUUGAUCAAUUUUAAAGACCUAACUUUCUUGUUUCAUUUUUACCUUUAAUUUAUAUUAAUAGUGUUGCUUAGAUCUUAGUAAUAUUUUAUGAGUUUGAUUUUCAUUAAUAAUAACUUGAUUUUCUAAAGGCUGGUUUUGACAGAUUUCAAGAUUUUGAUCCUUGUAGCGCAAUCAAUUUUACAUUUAUAGUUCAUGAAAUUAUGAUUAGAAUUUUAAAUGAAACUUAAAUUGCUUACGUAAUAAAAGGAGAAGUUUUAAAAAAGAUGCUUUCAAUUAUUGCUAAAGAUGAAAUUAAUGUUAUGUAUAAUACAAAAUAAUUUAAUAGAACUUUAAAAAAUGCUGCUCAUAUUCUAUCAUUAGUUUCAAAUUAUCAUUCUAUGGAUAUGCAAAAUAUAUAAUUGGAUGAGCCUGAGACUUAAGAAAUUAUUAAUAAUUUUAGAAAUUCAGAAUUUUUUUAGACAUUUGACAUCAAAGUAAUAGCAAAAAUAUUACAAUAAACACUUUCAGAUAAAAGUAAGGUUAGUGUAUUGAUUAUCAAACUUGUAGAAGUAUAAUAAUAUCAUAAAUUAGAUUAUUGAUAAUUUAGUCAGAAUAACUGAUAUUUAAUUGUGGGAAAGGAUUGAUAAAGCUAAUAUAAUGGAAUUAAUUUUAAGUCUUAUGCAUAAGUUUAAUAGAUCAGAUAUUUUUAUAUCUUAUGUAGUCAAUAUGAUUUAAUUUAUUUUUGAAAGAGCUUUGAAUGAUUUUCAUCCUUAUUGGGCGACAAAAUUGAUUAUAAAAAAUAAGAUUCAUGAAAAACAUCAUAGUUAAAUAGAUAAAUAAAUUUAUUAAUUUGAAUAAAAAUUAUCUUUAAAAUUAAUAAAGGAUGGUGAGUUUUUACCUUACUUUGAUUAUUUAAAAUAAAUAGAAGAGGAAUUAAUGAUUUCUCAUCAUUGGAGAGCAAUAAAGUUACAUUUGAUGAGACAAGAAGAACGACAUAAGAAUAAAUUAGGUGAAGAUCCUAGUAGUCCUUAAAUAGAAGAUAAAAUCAUUGUUUCUGCUCUUGAUGUUGAGGAAAAUAAAUAUUUAGAAUAAGAUGGAAUUGAUGAAUCAGCAAAUAAUAUUUUUAUUAAUUGUUAAACUUUUUAAGCUUCAAAAUUAAAUUAUAGAGAAAUAACUAAAAAUAUUUUCGAAACAAUCCCUAUUAUGAGUGCUGAUGUAGAUUCAGAAUCAAACUCAGAAUCAUCUUAUAAUGAAAGUGAAUAAUCAAUUGAAAAUAAAAAUAUUUUAGAUAAACCUGGAGAUGCUUUGAGUUAAUUAUAAGAUGUCUUUAAUUCUAUAGGAUUGAAAUCUAAUUAACCAAAUAAAUUAUCUUAUUCUGAUUCAUUAGAUAGAGACAAAGUAAUUAAAAAUAGAAAUUUAUCUAACUCAUCAAAUAAUGAAGAAUAAAAAAAUCUAUUUAUGGAUAGUUCUCUUAAACAUGAAUAAGAUGCUCCUUCUCCUAUACUUUAAAGAAGAAAUUCUCUAUAACCAGUCUCUAAUGUUAAAAAGUUAAACAAGAAUUUUGAAGAAUUUCAUAUAGAUUUUUUAAAUAAUCACAAAAUCCUAAAAAAAGAUGAUAAUAGUAUUUUAAAGGUUGAUGAAAUUGAUUUUGAAAAAGAGUAUAAAUAAUAAAUAAUGGAGGUUGUUUUUUAAAAAUCAGAUAAAGAUAUUGUAUUGAAAACAAAAUUAAUAGAGUAAACAAAAUAAGAUAUAAAUUUCAAAAAGAAAAUAGAAAAAGUAGAAGAUAUCAAAUUUAGAUAACUUUUAGAAAAGGAUCUUCAUUUUCUAGAAUUUUUAAAAAAUUAGGAAUGA